AUGACGCUUGUUUCACGCUGGAUAGAUAUGGAGUAUGCGGAUAUGAAUGAGACUGUGUGGGGUGGCGGGGUUGGGUUCGAGUUACCGAUGGUGUGGAGUGCUGAAUGGGAAGAGGAGCUGGAGGAGGGAGAGGAGGGGGAGAGGGAGGAGGAAGAAGAGGAGGAAGAAGUGGAAGAAGGAGAGAAUGAAGAACUCCCCUGGUCCCUGGAUCCACUCACAGUCACAAUGUCCCGAGUCAAUCUUUCCACGAACACAUCUUCCGCAACGCAGACCUCAGACCACAACUCUACACCCUCCAUCACCACCGCACCCCUCCGCACGCAACCAGAAUUCUACAUGACUGGAGUAACGCGCGUCUCAUCCCGGAUCCUCAUAGCACAAGUACAAGUCAACUGCACCAUCUGCCUCGAGCGCCUGCUCAGAGACGUCGUCAGACUCCAUGCCUGCAACCACAUGUUCCACACCGAGUGCAUCAUCCCCUGGUUCGAUCGCAGCGCGCCACGCAACGGCGACCGGCGGGGAACGUGCCCAAAUUGCCGUUGCGAGCUCUAUGUGCCCGAUCCGCAACCCAGUCUCCUACCUGCGCUCCGCGAUCCGCAAGCGCCGGAAAUUCCUUGGUGGGAGGAUAUCGACGGCGAGGGUGAUUGGGCAGACGAAGAUGAAGAGGACGACGACGACGACGACGACGAGGCCGAAUACGAAACCCACGAGCACGAAGCCGAUGAAUCAGACAGCCCAUCAACAGACUCCGAAACCCGCCGCUUCGACGCCCGAAUCCGUGCCCUAAACGCUUCCGAUCCUGCCCGUCCCUCCUAUUUCUCAAACGAAGAAAACCCAUUCUUUGCAGACUUUGAUUAUUCCCGCAUCUCACAUCUCUUCACUUCGGCUUCGGAAGCGGGACCGCCGUCUACACCGCUGACUCCGUUGCGUACCGGUGCGCGGCCUGGAGCUGGUCGAGGAAGGGAAACUCCUUCAACAGUGCAAAGAGGUACGCGGAUACCGCGUCGUAUUCCUCCUUCUACGCCACCUUCUUGA